AAUCGUCUGUGGCAGCGAGACCACCGAGACUUCAGAGCCGUGCAGCCCGACGCAGGAUGUUACAACGAUCUGGUUCCUCCGUUGGGCAUGUUGAACAACCCGAUGAACGCCGUCACCACAAAGUUCGUCCGAACCUCCACCAACAAAGUCAAGUGUCCUGUGUUUGUGAUCAGGUGGACUCCUGAAGGUCGCCGGCUGGUCACCGGAGCCUCCAGUGGAGAGUUCACCCUGUGGAACGGACUCACCUUCAACUUUGAGACCAUUCUGCAGGCCCACGACAGUCCGGUGCGAGCCAUGACCUGGUCUCAUAAUGACAUGUGGAUGCUGACGGCGGACCAUGGCGGCUACGUCAAGUACUGGCAGUCCAACAUGAACAACGUCAAGAUGUUCCAGGCUCACAAGGAGGCCAUUAGAGAAGCCAGGUUUAUACCCAAUCUACCAUUUUCUGUAGUCUUACUGUCAGCGGCGCGGCGCCACGCUGCGGCCGGGCGGGGGCGCCGGCUCGCCUCCCGCCACCCGUUGUUGUUGUUGUUGUGGUUGAUUCCUGACAGAUGUAAGUGUGUGCUGUUGCAACACUGCAGUGAUCUGUUGUUGAUGUUGUUCCUGAUGUGGCUGCUGAGCUGUUUAUCUCUGUUCUGCUCAAUAAAGUCAUCAACCGUUUACCUCCACCUGGUCUGGGCAGGCCCGCUGGGACUAAUCAUAAUAAAGAUCAAACAGGGAUCAAUAAAGUUUUCAAAUCAGGUCAAUAAAGAGAAGCUCACACUGCUGGUCUGAACCUCAUCCAACAGGCGGCUGUAGAUGUUCAAAUAAAGCUUUCAGUUCAACACCUGCACCUUAAACACAGCCCCGCCCCCUCUGCUGUUACCUGGUAACCUGGGACUCACCUGAGACUGAUUACAGACCUGACUCGUAGUCCAGACGCUCUGCACCCUACAUCUCCCACGAUGCACCUGGAGAGUGUCUGUCAUUAGAGCCUCCCCACCUGUUGAACAGUCUCGUCUGUCGGGCGCAGACGGAGCCGUUUACCCUUUUUCCAAACUCGCCGUCUGGUUCGGUUCGGCCUUUCAGUCCAGCACCACAGCGAUUUGCGUCUUCCAACAGGACUACCUGUGUGAAGGUGUGUUUCUAGCCCCUUUUCCACAGAGGCGGAGCUAUGGCUUCCUUUAUAUCGCCACUGCGUUUUCACACAGAGCCAAAUGACGGCGGCGUCAUGGUGCUCAAGUGCAUGAUUAAACACGGGGUCAUGGCGUCCCGCAGCCAAAACAUCUAACAUACGUGUCAGCUGCUGUUUGUAAACAAUAACAAUGACAUCACCUGUCAAUAACAGUCAUUGAUCGUCCCUGUAAUUUGACGACUGAUCAGUGGAGCUCACUGCUUUCACCAUUUUUGAAAACCUUUUUUUACCCAAACUAUUUUUGAAUUUUGUGCGUGUAUUUCC